AUGCUCUAUUUCAAAAGUGUACUUUGUCCAUAUGUUGUAAAACAGUCGGAUCUAAUUCGUGAUCAUGUAGCCAACCUUAAAAUUUCAAUUGAUACUGUAAGAUCAUUCAUUUUAGUGUCCUCGAAUCCUGUGAUGCAAUUAGGUGCUGAGAAUAUUGUUUCUGAUGACACAAAGCUUGUUCGGAACACCACCCAGCCUGAUCAGACUAACAAUUUCGUUACCUUAUACCUAAUGAUUUCAACGU